UAUAAUGUGACCCAAAUAAUAGACUUCUCAUUCCACGAACAACCAGCAUGUGAGAAAGGAGACAAGUGAAAAAAAUUUAAGUUUGAAUAAAUGAAAGUGUUUCUAAUAUGAAGUUGUGUUUGGUUGUUUUCACUUUCAUCUUGCAUAUUUUUGGUGCCCACCUGUUGAUUGUGCCUGACGAAAUCCCGACUAUUUUAUCAGUGAUUUACUCAAAUAUUCCCGUUUUGAAAAAAGGGACGGACUCUAGACUAGGAUGGGGCUUCCGUCUGGGUGACAGGGCCGACUUUCAAAUCCUCGUCGAGUUGGGGCCCCAGACGUACACCCAGCCGUUGGCCAAUCAGGGCGAUAGUAGCAACAAACGAAACACUUUGAACACACUUUCGGACACUUUGUAUGCCCAGAGACAGAGAGACAAGCAACAAAAACAGGAAAAACAAGAAAAAGAGAAAGAAAUUUCAGAAGGUGGCAAAUGGUUGGAGACUUGGAGUAAAAGUGUGCGCGAAAAACCGGCCGAAGCCGAGGCUCAGGAGGUGCCCCCGGGGGCCAAGCCCGGAAUUGCAGUCGGGGAAAUCGACGCCAAGUCGGUAAUCCCCGAUGAUGCCACUUUGAAAUUACUGGAAUUGCAUAAAGAAAAACAAGUUACAACGGAAAGUGAAAGUACGACCAAGUCAGAGUGAUUGUGUUGCCAUUAGAGAGGACUAUUUGGUGCCAAAGAUGUGGGGGAUUUAAUAAAAUUGUUGAAAAAUU